AUGUGGAAAAUUUGGGAUGGUCGGAAUUCGACUGUGUUUGACAGUACUCGGUUUGAGCCUCGCGCGAUUCUUGCCUUUGUGAAGUCGUUCUUUAGUGAGAUAGAUGGCAAUUUCAGUACUCUGGGAAAUAGCAGAAAUACUUGGUCUGACUAUGUGAUCACUAGAAAUAUUGGAGUCUCUACGCGUCCGGCUCCUCUUCCUCGUAUGGUUGAAGUUCACUGGUGGCCUCCAGUGAAUCACUGGAUUAAAGUCAACACCGACGGCUCGGCUCUGGGUGCUCCAGGCGCCAUUGCGGCCAGCGGCGUUUUCAGGGAUAAAUGGUCUGUUGUGCGGGGUUGUUUUCACAUUAAAGGUGGCGUUGGCUUUGCUUUUGAAGCUGAGCUUUUGGCGGUGAUUACUGCUAUUAAUCUCGCGCAUGAUCGUAAUUGGUUGCACUUGUGGAUUGAGGCUGAUUCAAUGUAUGUGGUGCAUCUCUUGCAGUCGAAAUCUUUAGAUGUCCCGUGGCGUUUUAUGGCGUUAUGGAAAGGUGUUAUCGGUCGUCUUCAAGAUUUCAAUUUAAUGGUCAGCCACAUUUAUAGAGAGGGCAACAGGCCGGCGGAUAUUAUGGCCAAUGGUGAUAGGAAUGAGGGAUGGAGGCCCUUUGCGAUUUCUGAAAUCGAACAUGCUGUGGCUACUGACAUGUACACGCAUAGUCACGUUCGAGUGGUCUGA